AUGUCCCACUACGCUCAGCCUCAGCCUCAUCCUCGCUUUUCAGUUCUUUCUUCUUCCUCUCUUUCUUCUGCGGAGCUCCUUUCCCCCACAAACAGCUCUACUCGCUUUUCCCUUCCCUCUGCACCCUCGAUCAACACCACUAUCGGGACGCCCAAACCGUUGUCACGUCCCAACAUCUAUGACAGGCCCUUGAACAAGACACGAACCGCGGAGGUCUCCUCUUCCGCGUUCGCGUUUCUCUUUUCCGAAGUGGUACAGUACACACAAAAGCGCGUCAGUGGUAUCAAUGACCUUGAGCGCCGUUUGAACACUCUCGGCUACCGCCUCGGCACGCGGGUUCUUGAACUCAUGGUUUGGCGUGCAGAAUCGGCGUCUAAAAUGCCGAAGCGAGAAAUACGUUUUUUACCAGCCCUCAUGUCCAUACAUACCAAUGUUUGGAAAGCUGUGUUCGGAAAGCCUGCCGAUGCUAUAGAGAAAAGUGUCGAAAAUGAGGACGAGUACAUGAUCAUUGACAAUGACCCCAUCAUCACUCGCAAUAUAUCUAUUCCUCGCGAUAUGAGUCAGCUCAGCUGCUCAUCGUUCACAGCCGGCAUCGUUGAAGCGGUUCUUGAUGGUCUAGGAUUUCCUGCCCGUGUCACUGCACAUAACACACCAAACGACCUCUACCCUGCACGGACAACCAUUUUGAUAAAACUGGAAAAGAGUGUAUUAGAACGCGAGGAGCUCUUCAAGUAA